GGGCGCAGAAAGGCGCGCCGCUAGCUGCGGUCUCGCUUCGCCUCCCGGGCCGCCCCUGCGAGUCCCGGGCGCGUGAGCACGCCUGCGCGCGCCCGGGCCCUUCCUGGCAGGCUGCUUGUAAGAUGAGUGAAGAAGCAGGUGGGGGAGAGGGGAGGCAGCGAGCGAGAGGGCGAGGGGAGCGCGGGCGCUCAGCAGCUCUCACUUGGAGCGCGGCAAGCAAGCUAGACAAGUCUGAUUCCAUGUCCCCCGCUGCCACCCUGCCAGGCGCGCGAAGAUGAUGGCCAUGAACUCCAAGCAGCCUUUCGGCAUGCACCCGGUGCUGCAAGAACCCAAAUUCUCCAGCCUGCACUCCGGCUCCGAGGCCAUGCGCCGAGUCUGUCUCCCAGCCCCGCAGCUGCAGGGUAAUAUAUUUGGAAGCUUUGAUGAGAGCCUGCUGGCACGCGCCGAAGCUCUGGCGGCGGUGGAUAUCGUCUCCCACGGCAAGAACCAUCCGUUCAAGCCCGACGCCACCUACCAUACCAUGAGCAGCGUGCCCUGCACGUCCACUUCGUCCACCGUGCCCAUCUCCCACCCAGCCGCGCUCACCUCGCACCCGCACCACGCCGUGCACCAGGGCCUCGAAGGCGACCUGCUGGAGCACAUCUCGCCCACGCUGAGUGUGAGCGGCCUGGGCGCUCCAGAACACUCGGUGAUGCCCGCACAGAUCCAUCCACACCACCUGGGCGCCAUGGGCCACCUGCACCAGGCCAUGGGCAUGAGUCACCCGCAUACCGUGGCACCUCACAGCGCCAUGCCCGCAUGCCUCAGCGACGUGGAGUCAGACCCGCGCGAGCUGGAAGCUUUCGCCGAGCGCUUCAAGCAGCGGCGCAUCAAGCUGGGGGUGACCCAGGCGGACGUGGGCGCGGCUCUGGCUAAUCUCAAGAUCCCUGGCGUGGGCUCACUCAGCCAGAGCACCAUCUGCAGGUUCGAGUCUCUCACUCUCUCGCACAACAACAUGAUCGCGCUUAAGCCGGUGCUCCAGGCCUGGCUGGAGGAGGCCGAGGCCGCCUACCGAGAGAAGAACAGCAAGCCGGAGCUCUUCAACGGCAGCGAACGGAAGCGCAAACGCACGUCCAUCGCGGCGCCGGAGAAGCGUUCACUCGAGGCCUAUUUCGCUAUCCAGCCACGUCCUUCAUCUGAGAAGAUCGCGGCUAUCGCUGAGAAACUGGACCUUAAAAAGAACGUGGUGAGAGUCUGGUUCUGCAACCAGAGACAGAAACAGAAACGAAUGAAGUAUUCCGCUGUCCACUGACUGCUGCAGGGCGCAGCGUCGGGAGCUGGGAGAGCCUAGUGCUCAUCCCCCCCCCCCCGCCCCCACCCCCGGGUUGUGGGGGAUGGUUAUCUGGAACUCCGAGGCGUUUCCUGGCAGGUUAGGCUUUCCCCUCCAAAGCCACUGACUUUCCCCCUUUGUCCCGCCUGGUUGCCUCUGGCCUUCCCUUUCUCUUUCUAUUCCCACCAAAAAAGUUUUGGCGCUGGGUAGAUAUUCCAGAAGGGCGGGCCUGAGGGUAGUUGUGCUGUCCGUGGUGCUGAAAUAUGCCCUCUUGCGGGGGACCGCACGACCUCAGCGCAGGAGCCCCAAAGCAGAGGAUAGUGAAUUGGCCCAACCGCCCGAAGCUAGGGUGAAAAGGCCACUUUUCUAAGCGCGAUUAGGCAAGGGGUGAAGGGACGAAAAGAAAGUGAUAAAUAAUAAUACAAAGUCUAGGAUAUCUAAGGGGGACACAAACAUGCACUGGAGAUUUAUUAGAGUAUAUAAAAUACAUGUAUGUUUCCAAAGGAUAGCCUUAUACUCCCUUCCUUGCCUAAAUUCUAUUCAUCUUAUCCUUUGGUUUGCCGUAAAUUCUCAUAAGGUAGCAUGAAGAUUAGGUUCAGGGAAAGUAUGCAGGGAGUUGCCGGCUCCAAGUUGCUAUUUUUCAUGGUAAGUAGGGCUCCAAAAGAGGUGGGCCCAGUCUGGCAACUGAAAACUCUGGGAUCGUUUGGCUGUUUGUAAGCAGCUGCCAGCACCAGCUCCGGCCAUCUUUCACGAUCUGCUGGUGCUUGAGGGGUAAUUACUGCUUGCUGGAGAGCGGCAGUUGGUAGUGUUCAUACCGGCUGAGGACUCUCUGAACCCAGCUCGCUGCUGUCAGAUUGCCAGUUAUGCGUGGAGUUGGCUGCUGGAAAGUGACUGUAACUUCUCUGCGUUAUAUGCAAGUCCUUUUAACACUUCUAACCUCGUUGCCCUUUUAUUAUUACUGUUAUUGUUAACAUCGGUCAUUCCUAUUAUUUAUUUAACUCUGCUUCUUUCCAUUCCCUUUAUGUGGGUGUCUUUUGGUGGAAGUUCACUUAGAGUUUUGUGAGGGAAGAGGAGUGGGAGCGUUGGCCUGAACCCUUCUCAUCUCAGCCCCUCUGGCCGAGUCAAAUUUUAUUUUUUCGUUGCUUCAUGUAGUUUGUGUGUUGCUGUGAGCUUUGGUUUCAUUCUCUGAAUAGAUACAAAUAAAAUAUUAAGUUUUCUUCUCUCUUUACCCCCUGAUUUAACUUCUAAAAUAAAUGCUUUAUUUUUCAACCCGAAUCAAAGUGGUUUUAUUUUUUCUCA